AUGAGCCAGUCGAGGCACGUGGGCAAGAUCCGGAAACGUCUGGAAGGUGUCAAGAGCCAGUGGGUCCGGCCAGCCAGGGUUGACUUCAGUGACAAUGAGAGUGCCCGGCUGGCCACAGAUGCCCUCUUGGAUGGCGGUCCCGAGGCCUACUGCAGGGUGCUCAGCCAGGAAGGCGAGGUGGACUUCUUGUCCUCAGUGGAGGCCCAGUACAUCCAGGCCCGGGCCAAGGAGCCCCCCUGUGCCCCCGAUCCCCCAGCAGGGGCCGAGGCAGGCCCUAAGGGGCCCGACUCCUGCUCCCUGCAGUCAGGCACCUACUUCCCAAUGGCCUCGGAGGGCAGCGAGCCGGCCCUGCUGCACAACGGGGCCUCGGUCCUGGCCAUCCUGAUGGAUGUGUUCACAGAUGUGGAGAUCUUCUGUGACAUUCUAGAGGCAGCUAACAAGCGCGGGGUGUUCAUCUGUGUACUUCUGGACCAGGGAGGUGUGCAGCUCUUCCAGGAGAUGAGGGGCAAAGUCCAGAUCUCCGACAGUCACCUCAAGAACAUUUCCAUCCGGAGCGUGGAAGGAGAGGUGUACUGUGCCAAAUCAGGCAGGAAAUUCGCUGGCCAAAUCCAAGAGAAGUUCAUCAUCUCAGACUGGAGAUUCGUCCUGUCUGGAUCAUACAGCUUCACCUGGCUCUGCGGACACGUCCACCGGAACAUCCUCUCCAAGUUCACGGGCCCGGCGGUGGAGCCAUUUGAUGAGGAGUUCCGCCACCUCUACGCCUCCUCCAAGCCUGUGAUGGGGCUGAAGUCCCCCCGGCUGGACACUCCCCUGCAGCCCAGAGCAGGCCACAGUCCCCCCGAUGGUCGCCUCAGUGGCAGCAGCUGCUCAGCCAGUGACCGCACAUCCUCCAACCCCUUCAGCAGCCCAUCGACCGGCAGCAACCCCCAGAACCAGAGUCUGUCCACGUCCUCCGGGCCUGGCAGUCCUCUGGCCCCAAACCCACCUGCACCCCCCAGGUUUCAGCCCUAUCACAGCCCUUGGGGAGCCCUGGCUCCACAGGUCCCCUUCUCCCCCAGGCCCCACGAUGGCCCACCUGCUCUCUACAGCAACCUCAACACCUACCGGCCCACGCGGCUGCAGCUUGAGCAACUUGGCCUGGUGCCCAGGGUGAUCCACACCUGGAGGCCCUUUCUACAGGCCUCACCUCAUUUCUGA